AUGCCCGACAAAGACGCUGGUACACCUCGAGUCUUCCUCGUCCGACAUGGAGAGACCGAAUGGACUAUUUCAGGACGCUAUACCGGCAGGAGUGACAUCCCAUUGACCCCCGAUGGUGAACACCAAGUAUCCUCCUCUGCAGGAGUCAUCGUUGGACCAGGAAGGAUCAUCGACCCCUCCAAAAUAACCCAUCUGUUCAUCAGCCCUCGAACGCGAGCACGCCGAACGUACGAGCUUCUGUUUGAUGAAUCUGCACAAAAGAUGAUCGAAGGGAAAUCGGAGACUACUGAGGAUAUUCGUGAAUGGGAAUAUGGUGCGUAUGAAGGGCUGUUGACUGCUCAUAUCAGAGCGGCUCGUAAAGAGCGUGGGUUGGAUAAGGAAAGACCAUGGAAUAUAUGGGUUGAUGGGUGCGAGGAAGGGGAAUCAGCGGAUGAGGUCUCGAAUCGUCUUGAUAGCAUUAUUGCGAAGAUCAGGGAGAUACAAGGGCCAUAUAUGCACGGGGAGAAAGGCGCAGACGUGGUCUUGAUUGCCCAUGGGCAUAUCUUGAGAGCGUUUGCGAAAAGGUGGAUUGGCUUUCCUCUCAGCACGAGCCUGCCUAUGAUGCUAGAACCUGGUGCCGUAGGAGUUCUGAGCUACGAGCACCACAAGGUAGAUGAGCCUGCUUUCCUACUAGGUGUAAACAUGGGUGGAAGUCGGUAA